AUGUACUUGAAACGUAGGGAGAACUGUUGGCUUGUGAUUCAAAACAUGAACUCUUUGUUCACAGUUGUCAUGAUACUGCCAAUACUUCUACUCCUGCUACUGGGCAAGAGAUCAGAUGUGAUUAAUAUAUUCCUCUAUUGGUGUUAUCAAGUAACUCCUCCCCCGUUAUGACUUUUGACAGUUUUCAAAAUAGUAGUACCAAAACAUACAACAGAAUACCAAAACUUACAACAGAAUACCAAAACUUACAACAGAAUACCAAAACAUACAACAGAAUACCAAAACAUACAACAUAAUACCAAAACAUGCAACAGAAUACCAACACAUACAACAGAAUACCACCCAAAAGCUACAAUAGGAAGCUUCCAGUGUCUAGAAACAGAACUUUUAUGAAACUGAGCAAUCUCCUUGUCUGUGGACAAGUUUAUGUCAGUGACACAAAGCCUGACCAGCCAAGUAACAACAUUUUCCUGAUUUAACCUUUGACCCCACAGCACUCAGGGCCUCACCAUUGUUGGUGACUGAGGUGUCAGUACUGGAGGGAAACUCUGUGACCCUUGUUUGUGGGUCCUCUGUGAAGGAUCACAGGUAUGACACAUGCUGGGCCAGAAAUUGUGAUAACGGUUUGUAUAGAUGUUAUUGUUCUAACCACAUAGUGAAGAUGAAGGGGGGUAUCAUCACAAUCAAUUACCCUAAAAUGCACAACCUCAGCGGGGAAGACCUCACCAUUUCCAACCUUCAGGACAGCAGAAGUUACUGCUGUUGUGUAGAUAGCAGCAUUAUCCCUUACAAUGACCAUGUAACAUACUACAGACUAAAGGUAGUAAAAGGCAAGUGUUGAUUAUUCAUUCUCAUUACUUGGUGCAUGUAUCCUCAUUAUGAGCAUUUUACAUGAGUAUUUACAUUGGCUACUAGAUACUGUACACUACACACUGUAACAUGCUGCAUUGUUGAUUGCACAUUUAUUGGUAUCCAUUGUCCAGGUUGAAUACCUGAAUAUACCACUGAUACAUUUUGUCUCUGUAGUCCAGUGUUGUUUAUUCUGCGUUGUGUCCUUCUAGAGACUAGUUUAGUGCUGAUCGUAUCUUUUUGGUUGCCUAGUUGACUUGAGUUGUUCAACAACAAGAAAAUCAAGUAGUGUCAGAUGUAAAAUGUCUCUGUUACACAGGUUGUGAGAGGAACCUAAUGAAAGGAGUGGAUUUGGGGGGAAAUAAGGUGAAUAAACAUCCACCUCAGCAAUUCAUAACUGAAGAUGCAAGUCAGUGCAGCCAGAAAUGCACCGAAAAUGACAAUUGCCAGUACUUCACAUUUGUUCGGAAAGAAGCAAACAUUGACCAACCUAACAGGUACAUGCUCAAAACGCUUUUUUAUUUUAUUUUUUAAAUUGCGCUUCUGCAAAUAAAGGCUUUAGAACCAUAACAGUUAUUUUGGUCAUUGCGUUAAUUUCUGAUAAGUAACAUCCUUUGUGAUAUUUGUCCCACAGCAACAAGUGUUUCCUGAAGGCCUCAACUGGUGAUAUGCCUUUCACAAUACAGUACCUCCAACAUGCAACCUCAGGCUACUCUCUGAGAAACUGCAGUGGUAAAGGUGAGUACAUACAGUUAAUGUAUAUUUGAGUCAUGUAUUUCUAAUGAUCAGAGAGGUAGACUUUAUUAAUAGGCCCUAUUACAGUUUUUUUACGAUUGUUUACACACUAAAAUUAAAAUUUCCACACAAUUAGCAAAAUUGUACUCCAAUGAGCAAAACACCUACACAGAUUUGCACAACAUUACACACAAUGUCCGCCUCACCCUUUUUGCAAAACAUUACACACAGUGAUUUGUAAAACUCCACACACAUUUUCACACCUUAGACACAGAUAAGGAUCGUGAGGUUACUUCCUUGUAAUUACAAAGCACCGGAUUGCCAAUUACCACACUAAUGAACGAAUUGGAUAAACACAUCUACCAGGUGUGGAAGCACACAUGUGCUAAUUUGAAAACGCAGCACUCAGGUGUGCCAUAAAAGGCAGCAGGUGAGUUCACCUGUCUUCAACAAAAAUGGAAGGAGUUAGAAGAAGAAGAAGAGUGAGAAUGAGAGGGGGAGCUCAAAGAGGAGAUGAAGGCGGUAGAGGAAGAGGAGAAGGAGGUAGAGGAAGAGGCAUAGGUAGAGGAGAAGAAGGUAGAGGAAGAGAAGGAGGUAGAGGAAGACACCUAGGUAGAGGAAGAGGUAGAGAAGGACUUGAAGAGUUGAUAGAACCUGAACAAAGAAGACGAGGACCAAAUUUGACUCGAGAAAUCCGUGCAACACUUAUUGACCAUGUUAUCAACCAUGGACUGACACUGAUGGAAGCUGGACAAAGCUGGACAAUCUCAGCAGAAAUACUGUUGCGUCAGUAAUUCGGACAUUUCAUCGAGAAAACACGUAAGCUAACCACACAGUAUACAUUGAAACUGAAGCUUGUAUAAUCAAUAUUGUUUACUGUGACAUUUGACAGUAGGCUGCAUAUAUAUAUAUAUAUAUAUAUAUAUAUAUAUAUAUAUAUAUAUAUAUAUAUAUAUAUAUAUAUAUAUUUAUUUAUUUUUAUCUUAUUUUGUUUUUACAUAGGAUUGAGGGUCGAGGACACCAAGGUGGAAGGGGCCCUAUGUUUAGUCGUGCACAAGAGGCCGCCAUUGUGAACAUGGUUUUGGCCAAUAAUUGUAUCAGGCUACGAGAAAUCCAAGCCAAUAUCAUCAAUGAUGACAAUAUUUUCAAUAACAUCCAACGAGUCUCUCUGUCAACAUUAUGUCGAAUCCUAAAGAAAAAUCAAAUAUACAUGAAGCAACUGUAUCGGGUACCAUUUGACAGAAAUUCAGAGAGAGUGAAACAUCUGCGCAAUGAGAAUGUGGAGGUAUGCAUUGUUCAUCUGACUAUGGUGUGGUAUCAUGCACUGCUCAUAAUGUUCUGUCACAAAAAAAAUACUGUGCUAUAGAUAUUGAAUAGCAUCCUAUUUUCUUUAAUGUGUUUCAGAGAGUCUUGCAAAUGGAUGCUGCUGAAAUUCAACAUGAAUUUAUAUAUGUGGAUGAGGCUGGAUUUAACCUUGCAAAAACAAGAAGAAGAGGGAGAAAUGUAAUUGGGCACAGGGCAAUCACCAAUGUGCCAGGGCAGCGAGGGGGUAACAUCACCCUUUGCGCUGCUAUCACACAAAAUGGGGUCCUCCACCACCAUGCAAAUCUGGGACCCUAUAAUGCAAAUCUGAUACUUGCAUUUCUUGACCGAUUGCAUGAGAUUGUCACAGCAUUACACCAAGUGGACCAGAUGCGGUACAUUGUCGUUUGGGACAAUGUCUCAUUUCAUCGGGCUGCUCUAGUCCAGAACUGGUUCCAUAAUCACCCUGAUUUUGAAGUUUUAUACCUUCCCCCAUACUCCCCCUUCCUGAAUCCUAUAGAAUAAUUUUUUUCAGCGUGGCGGUGGAAGGUAUAUGACCUGCGGCCUUAUGACCGUUUGCCCCUCAUUCAGGCCAUGGAACAGGCAUGUGAUCUUAUUGAAGCAGCUUCAGUGCAGGGGUGGAUUCGUCAUACAAGGCGAUUCUUCCAACGGUGCCUUGCCAAUGAAGACAUAGCCUGUGAUGUGGAUGAAAUGUUAUGGCCUGAUCCAGCCAGACGGAGAGACGGAUAGUUACAGUAUUCUUGUUGCUUUUACAGUAGUUUUCUUUCAUUUCUGUUUACUUUUACUUUACUUUUCUUCAGAGUCAAAGUGUAUGUACUGUAAUUCAUGCAGUCAUUUUUAUUUGUCUACGGAUUUUAUUUGUUUACAGUAAUUGAUAUCAUUGUUGGUUGAUUACUGUAACUGAUUAUGGUAAGAAAUACUGUAAGUAUUGAAAUAAAUACUUGAAAUAUUCAGUCUGCAGCAUCAAGUGUUGUGCAGUGCUUGGUAAGGUUAUAGUAGGCCUACAGUAUUUGUCUACAUUCUCCUUAUAUCUCAAAACAAAUCAUGAAUAAUGUUGUGAGUUUCUCACUAUUUUUUGUCACCUAAAUUAUCUCUCACAUAGAGUAAGAAUGUCUGGCCAAAUUAUUAUUAUUUUUUUUACAAAUGUGUUUUUUAUUUAUCACAGCAGUGUGAAACUGGCUGCAAUAGUGUAUGAUCAUUGAUGACUGUGUUGGUUAAAUGAAAACAAAUAGCAUUUUCACAAAUAUGUGUAUAUGUUUUGACUGAAGUGUGUAUGUUUUGACUGAAGUGUGUCAUUUUGCAAACAAUCUAGGAAUUUUGCUAAUUGAUUGUGGUGUUUGGAUAAUUGUGAUUAUAUAUUGACAAAAAUAACUCUGUUUUCAAAAUCGCGUGUAAACAAUUGAAAAAAACUGUAAACAGGAUAGCAUAGACAUGGAUAUCAAACUGUCAUGUUGUGUUUCUGUUUAUUCAAUUAUCUCUGUUGAAUGUUUAAUAUAAAGGAUAUCAUCAAGCACUAGAGUGUGAAUUGACUCUAUAUUCUAGUGCAGUCUAUAAAGAAUACAGUAGAUAGUUGAGUCUAUAGCCUAUAUUCAUUUAAAAAAGUGAGAUUUUGGAAUGAGAUUGCAAAUUUAUUAAUUUCUCCAUGCACCUGACACAUGCUCUGCUAUCAAACAGUAUGUGUUGCCUACAUUUGAAUAGAUAGUGGAAGUAAUAGAUGGUCAUGUUUGCCACUCAACAAAUCAAGCAGUCUGAUCAACAUUUUCUCUGUAUUUCAAACAGUCACCUACUCAGCCAAAAAGUACAGCCUUGUCCCUGAGAAGAAAAACUGGACCGAGGCACAAGAGUACUGCAGACAGCGUUUCACAAACCUGUCCAUCAUACACACAGAAGAGGAUUGGAAGGCAAUUAAAUCCACUUUGGGUAAUUUCAGUGGUGAUGUGUGGAUUGGGCUCCAUAGAGAGAAGCCUGAUCCAAAUGAAAAGUGGACGUGGUCUGACGGAGAGGACUUCAUGUUCUUUAACUGGGGAAAUGGCUCUGGUGACCACAGGGGUCAUAACUGUGUCAUCUCCACUUCAUCUCACUGGCAGGGACGGCUUGUUCAAUAGGGCGAUAUGGGCGACACACUGCCAAACGGGAAAAGGAAGGGAUUUUUUUUCUAAUCAAUUAUAUCACGGCAACAGUAGUUAUCAGUGUUGUAAUCUGAUUUGACUGCCACUAAAUGUCAAAUCAGGCUAAAGUCGUGCUUCAAAUGGCCCCGCCCGUUUUUGGGGCGAUUUCAGUCAGGUUGAAAAUCGCCCAGAAGUCUCUCAUAGCCUGUCAUGUAAAAUCUAUUUUUUUCAAAUUUCAAAGCUCUCAAUACAUUCUCUAUGGGUGUCUGUGGGCUUGCACUUACGCGCUUUCGUCAUACGUGACGUAACCAUGAACGUAACUAAGACAAUAGCGGCUAGCAGCGUCUCUGUUGCGACCUGCAGUGUGGCGUUAUUUUAUGUUUUUAAUUUGUAGACUUAGUUUACAAACAUUCUGCCAACCAUGGAUUUCCAGUGGUUGGUUUUGGACUGAUCUUGUUGAUCGUGUACAUACCCGCUACGAACGGACUAAAUAAUGAAAACGCUGCUGGCAGCGGAAUCCCAAUACAGCUGGGAGACUUGGCUGGAUGACAGAGUCCCGGACAGAGAAGUGGAGCCGGCCGGCUUCACCCUGGUCAGAGCGGACCGCGAUCCUGGUAAGAGAGCGACUCUGUACCCCGACAUUGAACUGCUUUCUGUUGAACUUGUGUCAUCCGUGAGUUCCCCCAAUUGUUUGUUACCGUUGUGUACUGUUGAUAAUCACAAGUUUACUGGAGAACUGAGACCAAGUAGAGACUUUGGACAGGGUGGAUAUGGUAUAAUAAAGGCAGUUUAUUCAGAGGUAAAGAUAUCUGGAAUCGCGUGCACGGACUCGUUCGUCAAACUCUUAGGGAGAAGAGAGCCCCGAAAACAUUGUGUGCAGACAUUUUAUACAAUAAAUGAUGUAGGUUGAAUCUAGUAGUUCUGAUCUUCUGAUUGGUCCUGAUGAGUUGGGCGAGGUCCCCUCCACUGUUGCAUUGGCUCUGAGUCGGGUUCUCUGUCUUCAAAUGUUCAGCCUAAAGAGAGGGGAUUUUUGUGUGUGUGUGUGUGUGUGUUUAACAGUGAUGAUGUGUGUGUGUGUGUGUGUGUUAUCAGUGAUGAUGUGUGUGUGUGUGUGUGUGUGUGUGUCCUCAGAGCAAGAACUCGUGAGUUGGAAGAACUGAGAGACCUAUGGCGUGGGUGUUGUCCUUGGCCACCUGCUGACAAGGCUGACAAGAUAGGACUCUUUUGUCCAUUGUUAUAGGAUAGGAACAGCAUUGAUUGAAAACAAACGCCCAACACAAAAUGGGUCAUGCACAAGAUUUUAGUCAGACCAAGCUAUAACAUUAUAUAUUUACUACGACAGUACAUUCAACCAAAAGCUAAUAUAACAAAGGCAUCAGAGAUUAUUUAUAAUCUGUCACAGAAACUGGAAUCCAUCUCCCCAGAUCAGUCAAUAAAUGCUUCUGGUAUUGACUUAUAUGCUGCCCCUGUCUUCAUGUUGUUGCUGGACAUAUCUUUUUUAAAAUGUGUGUAGGUCACCUAAAUCAUCAGAAAAAUUGCCCCUCCUGAGAAUUUAUUCAGGAGCCGCCACUGCUCACUGGCAACAAGAGAAUUGUGGCUAUCUAAAGCAGUAUGUGUGUCAGCAACUAGGUAAGUCUCUCUCAGUAUGUAUAUAUAUAUAUAUAUUUAUAUACUACUUUCAAAGUGAGACAUAAUCCACUUCCUGGGUUGUCUCAUGAAAUCUAAUUAGUAACUUCAUCUUCCCCCUCUAUAAGUUCGUCAUGACAAUGGAGCAACAGAGAAAGUGUAUAAGCUGAUAACCGAACCAAAGAACCAGAUGGAGGCUGUGAAAGACUGCAACCAUCAACAAAGAGAACUGGCGAGUAUCUGUAACCAGAAAGAGCAAGAUGCCUUUGAUGAGGUGGCUACAGGGGACACCUGGAUCGGACUAAAGCAUGAGAACAACAUAUGGAAUUGGUCCAGUGGUGAACCAUUUCAGGAAUGGGACAAUUCCAUGGGAGGUGGAAACUGUGUAAAGCUGAACUCAGAAAUUGACAGAAAAUGGACACCAGAAAAUGGUUCUACUCAAAGUCCUUUCCCGUGCUAUGGGGGUAAGUUGAACCCUGUGAGAAUGUUAUCAUACUAGUAUUGACAGUCAGUCAUCAUCUAUGACUAAGUUGUAUAGAAUCUACACAAAGAAACUCUAAGUUUUAAUACAAUGAAAUAUUUUAAAUGGAGUUCCUAACAUGAUAGGAAACAGGCACUUACAUGUGUGUAUUCUACUUCAUUCUGACACAGAUGAACGUCCUCUUAACACCACUGGGGAUUUGUCCACUCCUGCUACCCCUGAAACCACCAGCCCUACUUCAACUGGACCUCCCUCUAGCAAGACGUCCACCACACCACCUACCACUACUAUUGGACAGUCCACCACCUCCCCACCUACCACUACUAAUAGACAGUCCACCACCUCACCACCUACCACUACUAAUAGACAGUCCACCACACUACCAGCAUCAACUUCCAGUGGACAACUGACCUCAUCAGGUCCCACCUCCCCAGACAGGAAGCCCACAUCUUCCCCCAGUAGUACAACUUCUCCACUCCAUCCUGGUGAGUGUCAGACAUGGAGCUACAUUCUGUACCAAUCUGCACAAAGGUGUACAAGUAACAGUUGUUGGACAUUUAAUGGCAGAUAAGACCGUAAGUGUAUGUGUAUUUGUGGUAUUGUGUUUAUGAACUUGCAUUUACAUGUGUGCAAUUUCAUGUUUGUGUUUUGUCCCAACCAGACCGUGCAGGCUGACGUGACCCAGCUCCUGGCCAACGUGGAGCUGCCAUGUGGGGGAGUGUGGAUUGGACUGGAGCGGUCCAUCUUUGAGUGGAGCGCCCCCUGGCUGUGGACCAGUAGUGAUGUUGAGAAGGUGGUGAAGUACAGAGAGUGGCACAGCUGCUUCCCCCUCAACCCCAUCAAUUACCACUGUGGUAAGAUGGUCCGGGUUGGUAAUGGAGAACUGAAGUGGCUGGAUGCUUCCUGUCAUCAGGAAUUACCCUUCAUCUGUGAAGGUGCGUUGCUCAACUUUUGAGCUCCUAUUUUAGGUUUUGUUAAUAAGUGGGCUGAAACAUUCAGAAUGUUGCAGAUAGACAAAUAUUACAUAGAACUGUUAUGGUUUACUGCGGAAUAGAGAUUGACUGUCUUGACUCUCAUGUCAGCUCUAUGCAAUGUAUUACUUUAUGCAAUGCUCUGAUUAUACCUCCCUAUUGAAUAAGGCUCAACCCACAUCCCAGACAUCCACCCCUCUACAGUUGGCUACUAUCUGCACUGCUCUUUACUCCCUUUAACUCCCUCCCUUUUACAUAGUCUAGACUCACUCUACUAGUAAUAGUCUUUUGAAUCAGCCCAAACAUAAUGGCAAGGCCUGGUCAUAUAAGAUAGAUCCAUGUGCUCUUAUCCUGUGUAUGAUGUUUCAACAGAUCUCCACUAGAAGGCUCUCCAUGGCAGCCUGGACAGUCUGCAGACAGACACCACCCUGAUCUGUCAGAGAGACUAUCACUCAUGUUCUGGAAGGAAUCUGCAUUUCAAUUCAUUAUAUUAUUACACCACUAUUACUAUUAUUAAUAUUAUUACUACUUUAACUUAUUAUUAUCAUCUCUAUUACAUGAUAUUACUUAAUGAUACUGUACUUACACAUACUGACUCAUAAACAUUGUAAUUUGACCUAUAAUUUACUGUAAUACUUUGAUUAUUUAAAAAUAGAGUAAAGAAAGGUAAAGUAAACGUUAUUAACUGAACAUGUAGUAUGUAACUCCUGUGUGAUCUGUACUGUUUGAGAACACUAUUUAGUUAGAAUGUAAUUAUUGUUAUUUUGUAUUUCCCUUCAUCUUUGUUCUGAGUAAACAUCCAUUUAGUGUUUGAUCAGUGUGGAAUUUCAUUCUUCAUAGAAAGUGCAUUGAGUGAUGAAUCAAAAGCAAUUAAAAUGUUCAUAAUUUAACCCUAAGAUUUGAGAGGUAUUUAGUGAUGUCUAGUCUAAAGCGACUUUAUGAAUAUUUUCAGCAGGAAAAGGAGUCCAUCUCAACUGUCAGCAACAAUGAACCUGGUAUCUCAGAAAACAACUUUUGGCCUAAUACAGCAAUUAGAUUUUCAGGGGGGCGAGAUGUCUGUGACAUCUGUAAUGUUGACACAUAAUGGGCUAUAUUUAUGCAAAACUGCUCUCCAAACCAUAAACUCAAAUCCAUUUUUCCCAGGUGCAGCCCCUCACCUCUUCUUUAGCCAGCAGUCCUUGGAUGAGUCCUUCACCAACACCUGAGCAGUAGACCCAUGUGAGUAUUUAUGCUUAUAUACCAGUGGCGGUUGGUGCCGGUUAUGAUGAGGGAGGACAAUUCUUUUUUUUUGGAGCAUGGCCUUAUUCAUAUUCCAUUAACCCAGUUCAAUGUAACAUCAAUUGGUUAAGGCUACUACAUGACACUCAACUUUUACCUAUACCCAUCAUGAGGUUGCUACAACCUAGCCUAUGAAUGAAAAUUUAUGACGUAGGUGCACACAGGUCGAGAGAAAAAUUUGAGAUGACAGACAGUGACUCAUGGACAGACAGUGACACUUUCAAUACCGCCUUGCACACUCUUGCCUGCAUCUAGCUUAUCUAGGGUGUAAUCAUUAGUCCAACAGUUGUAAACGAAAGUUUCUAUUGGACAAAUUCAGGUAUUUUUAUCCCCGUUUCAUUUGCUUCCAUUUAAAAAACAUUUUUCAACAGAAUCGGCGGACUGAAUACACCCCUGAUCAAGCAUAAACACAGUUCACUUUCAUAGAAGCCACGUUGUAUUCAUUCUAGCCUCUAUGCACUCUCCUCCUCUCACCUUUUCCCUUCGUUUGUGGACUUCAAUGAACAAAACAUCAGCUGUAUGUGACCAGGCAAAAAAAACUUUCCAAGCCAGACCAUGUCAUAACCGCUACACACAGCCUAUGUCAUUGUCCCCAUAUUAGCUAAAGUUACGUCCUAGUCAACAUAGCUAAUAGAACUAAUGCGUUAGUAAACCCGCUACAAUCAUGCAGUAACAUUACAGUGUAUAGUCACUAAGCAGUUACACCGGCGGGCCCCGGUGGCAAUAAAUUAAUAAAACCAAAAGCUUAUCUUGACUUGGAAGAGUUCCAGUGUUGUGUUGAAUAGUCAUAGCCAGCUAGCUAACAUAGCAUCCCUCUGUUUGAGCAUAGUGUUUGAGUAAUUAAACUAGCCAGCUGCAUUUGCUAGCUAAGUAAGUGAAACUGAAAGUGACAUAAAAAAAGAAAAAAUCUCUCUCUCUCUCGCUCUCUCUCUCUCUUGCUUCUCCUUCAUUUUUGAAGAAAUUAAUUUGUUGAAAACUGUUCAACUAUUGUCUUUCUCUCUCUUUGAGUCAACUACUCACCACAUUUUAUGCACUGCAGUGCUAGCUAGCUGUAGCUUAUGCUUUCAGUACUAGAUUCAUUCUCUGAUACUUUGAUUUUGUGGAAAACAUGUCAGCUCAUACUGCAAGAGUUCUACAAGGUUGGAGGACGUCCUCCCGAAGUUGUCAUAAUUAUUGUGUGAGUCUAUGGAAGGUGGUGAGAACCAACAGCCUCCAAGGUUUUGUAUUGAAGUCAAUGUACCAAGAGGAGGACAGAAGCUAGCUGUCCUCCGGCUACACCAUUGUGCUACCCUACAGAGUGCUGUUGAGGCUACUGUAGGUCUUCAUUGCAAAACAGUGUGUUUUAAUUAAUUAUUUGGUGACGUGAAUAUAUUUAGUAUAGUUUUAUCUAAAAAGGAAUUUUUUUAAAAUGUUUUACCAUUUAAAAAAAAAAUGAAAUUCACUGAGGAGGUUGGUCCUCCCCUUCCUCCUCUGAGGAGCCCACUGUUAUAUACUAUAUCCUUAAUGCUUUAGUGUAAAUCAAUCUAAUAUUGUAAUAUUGAGCACACACAAUCAGCCUCAACUGGAUUGUAGUAACUGUUGCUCUCUGACCCUUAAGGGCCAUUGACAGACUGAACACACCUCUCUGGACAAUAGAGACUGCUCUCUGAAGAGAUUGUUCCUUUGCACUGGAAGUAAGACUAUCAUCUUAUUUUAUUUUACGUAUAUAUUUUUUAUAAACAGAUAGAAAGAGAGGAUGACAGCAGGGAAAGAUACACAGAGGUUUCAUCAAAGGGCAUUAGGCCAGAUUCAAACCUACGCUGACACCAUAGACAUGUGUUCCAGAGGCUGUGGCAUUACCGCUAGACCAGCCAGGCCACAAGACUACCAUCUUAUUGGCGUUAUUGGGGUUUAUAUCUGUAAGACAGGUGCAAGGGGUGGCAUUUUAGCCCCAAUAGGGUCCCACUUUAACAAGCAGUGUCAGAUGCCGGACACAGCAAUGCUUCAUGUUGUCUACACUACUGUCAGAUGCCAUCUCUCUCUCCCCACUCUUUUCCAGGGAUUCAUGCAAAUAUAUGUUCUCAUGUGGUUUCUAAUAUCGGAUAAUAUUUCCAUAAUGUUGAACAUAGAAUACAGAGGCUAGCUACUGCACACUUCCAAAGUAAUCUAUAGCCUUUAAAUGGAAGUGGAAGAAAAGUUAUAUUUAUUGUAAAUAAGCUGAAUCUCAUUUGAGUGGCUGCUACCAUUCAUAUGUCCCUCUAGAAAAGAGAAGCAAGCAGACCAUUGUCAGGAUGUCUCUGAAAUCUAACUCAGGAGCUGACCUCAAUGGCCCAGUGGUUAAGGAACAGAUGUUGGAGCAGGUACAGUAGUCCUACAUCUCCCACAUCAGAAAUCAAGGUCAUGCUCAAUCAUUUCUCACUUUUCAUAUGAUCUCCAUUUUAUAUUCCUAUAGAUCAUAUUAAUAAACUCAAAUGCUCGAUUAAAAUAGGAGGGCUGCUGACUUUAAUCAAUUUGAUCAUAUCUCAUAGAUCAGAAAGGAGUUUGCGAAGAACGGGAACUUCAUCCUAGGCAUACGCUGGAGAGAACUGCCGAAUGGAGACGUUUUUCGCAAAACAGUUGAACUUGGAAGCCCUGAAGAA